AUGGCAUCUUUGGCUUCUACCGGCCGGUUUUUGCACCCAAUAGCCUUGGAGGCCUUGUAUCAGAAGGUGACGGUGGUUGAUGGAGCGACAAACCCGCUUGGUGUUUCUGACUCUGCUUUGAUCCGCGGGGUUUCCGGAGGUCAGAACGGCUCGAUCGUUCUGGAUCCCGAAAGCUGUGAAAUGUUGCUCCAGGUUUUGGAAAAUAAGGCCGGGCUAGUGAAGCACUUUACGUUUGAGGCCGUGGAUGCCACGGAACUUCAGAGUCGUUUCGUGGAGGCCUUGAAGAACCUGCCUUUAAGGACUUUCCGCAUGGAUCCGCCUGUUCUGGCCACUGGUGACCGUUUGACUCACACCACCGUCAACUCAGUGGAUGAGCUCAAGCAGGCCGUUUCCCAUUUUUCCACCAUAGACGUCCAGCUUGACAAGAUGACCACGAGGGUCCCAAUCCCGUCGUCGUCUGUACUCCAGCAUUUGAGCUGCGCUUCACAAGAUCAACAAGGCCUCGAGGUGCUCUCUCACAUGGACCCCGAAGAAAAGCUCCACCUAGCUUCUCUUUCGAUCUCGCAUUUGCAUGACGAUGCCGCUCCCCUAGACUUCUCCAGCAUCGCCAGCUCCAUAGACAUUUCCCAGCUUUCCAAGCUUAGACUCCAUGCGGACUGCCAUCAGCUCGGGUGUGCGUGCUACAGCAAGUUUUUUGACUCGUUUGCUUCAUUUGCAGCCGAAAACGGCGGUCUACCACAAUUGAAAUCUGUCGAGAUUGAAGCCUUCCCCCAGGACGAUUGGCUCCGUCCGGUAGAAAUGCUUGAACUCAAACUUGAGCCCUUGAGCGCCUUCCUUAAACAGCUCACCGGCUUGGAAGAAUUGAUGCUUGAUUUUGCCACUCCUUGUCUCAAGAUGACGGGCGAUAACGAGACGUCAAUCUCGGACGCCAACAAGAUCAACCGCCGCCUUGCGGAUGCCUUCUUCCUCUCGAUGUUUGAAAAACCAGACUUUGGAAGAAGACUCAGAAGGCUCGAGAUCCCCGACUUUCUUGCAUCUUUUGCAUACUACAAAUCAGAAUUCCGUGGCUCCAUGUUGCAGAGCUGCCCUUGCCACGGAUGUAACGAAAUCCUCGAGGAAUUGUCGCUGAAGGUGCAUCCCGAAAUUGCCCAAGAGGACCCAGACGUUGACGAGAGCCAGGCGCUCUACCUCGUGAUGUACGCCAUUCUUUUCAAACUCCAAAGCGAAAAGCUUGUCAGUUUGGGCAAGAAUACCCAUUAUACCCUGUCGCUCUUGAAAGCAGACUCUAGCGACUGGAUCGCCGAACAUUUCAGCAGCUGCACCGUUUCCGAGCAGGCCUUGAAGACGUACAUAGCGCACCAGCUCCAGCCGAUGAAGCGGUAUUUCAACGGCAUUUUCGAGAACUUGACCAGCUUGAACUUGCACGGAAUUUACUUUGAGACGGGUGCCGACAUGGUCAGCGUGUUCCACAAGGAAAACUAUACAUAG